ACUCCAACACGUCACCUCCUAUUCAUAUUACCUCCAGCUCGCAUUCGAAUACACACGCUACCCACGUGGCACACAAUACAAGACCGUUGAAACUAGUUCCAGAGUUUGUGGGUUCUCUUGACCUCCCGCGCAACGCAACCUACAGGGUACCGUGGCAAACAUGGCCGCACCUAUAAAACAGGAGCCAGGCGGCUCAACCUUCAUCAAGCCUGAUCCCGACAGCAAAGAAGCUUUGUCGGGCGCGUUAUCUGACGAGGAUAUCUACGAAGAUGCCGGAGAUUUAGAUUUUUCACAAUCAGGGCAGGACGUGUGGUUGACUCGCAUUCCGAACGACUUGUGGAAGCAUUGGUCGCAUCUAGAUGAGGACGAGGAGAUUCAGAUAGGCACCGUCAGAGUAGAGGGGGAACCACAAGAUAUCAAAAGAAUCAGUUUGCGACUGAACGAUCACCCAAAUAAUAGAGAUAUUCCCAAAGAUUAUCUCCUCCAGCGACAAAAUGUAAACUCCAAAAACAGCGCUAUUACCGUCCAGAACAAUUAUAUUUUCAGCGAAAAGGAUAUGCCUGGCCAUAGGAAUCGAGCAGAUGAAAUAUUCGGCGAGACGCGGUCGCUGCUUUAUGAGACUGUGAAACGGGAGGCUAGGAAGAAGACAUUCAAAAAGAAGUGGGAGCCAUAUGUGCGGAAGACAAUACCCAAACAAACAUCACUCGCAGGGAAAGUCGCAGACGAAUUUAAUUGCAUGCCUGUUGAAAACGCCGAAUACCAAAGACUAUCCACGGCCAAAGCGUUGGAAGCUCUCAAACCGAAAAACAAAGUCCUGUACCGACCAAACCUCGAACAAACAGGACCUAAUGUCAGAGAAGUUGCUGCUGGUAAAGUCGGAGGAUUUGUGCAAACCGGCAAACCAGUUAAACCUCGCGCACAAGAGAACAAGGCUACUCGCCGAGAGCGGAAUAUUCUGCUUGACGAAAUCUUUGGCUUGUUCCGCGAGUAUACUCACUGGAAGUUUGCCGAUAUCAAGGCUCGACUGAACCAACCGGAGCAGUAUUUGAAGGAGACCCUAGAAAUGGUGGCGCAUCUCGUCCGAUCGGGAGAUUUUGCAAUGACGUGGGAACUGAAACCAGAAGCCAAGGAAACAAACUACGCAGGUGCCAUAUUCUCACAGACACGACCUGAGGUAGCCGCCGAUGAUGAGGCUAUGGAUGUUUCAGAAAACGAAGACGUGCAGUUUGAGAAUGUGUGAUGGUUAGAGCUGGAGGUGAAUAGAGAUGCCCUUUGAAUAGGAAGGCUAUGACGUGUACUAUAUUAAUAUUUCCAUGCUUGGAUCAUAUCUACCGAAGUAUGCAAAUGAUACCAACAUCUUACUGAUUAAUAAAUUUGAUUACAAACC